GCGCUAGAGUACCCAUCACGAUGGAGUUCCCGAAUUUGGGCAAACACUGCUCGGAGGAGUUUUGCAACAAGUUGGACUUUUUACCCAUGAAAUGCGACGCCUGUGGUGCCAUAUUUUGCUCCGAUCACUUCAGCUACAAAGACCAUGCGUGUCCUUCGGCCUAUAAAAAAGACGUUCAAGUUCCUAUCUGUCCACUGUGCGGUGAUCCAGUUCCGACGCCUCGCGAUGUAUCGCCCGAUGUGACCGUGGGUGCGCACAUUGAUCGAUUCUGUAAAUCGGAUCGAAAGAAAAUCUACACCAACCGCUGUUCGUAUCGGAACUGCAAGAAAAAGGAACUCAUCCCCGUCAACUGUAGUGUGUGUAGGUUGAAUUUUUGCCUCAAGCACCGCCACACGACCGACCAUGACUGUCAAGGAUCGGAGGCAGGUCAAAGGAAUCUCGUAGCAACGGCCGCCAUUCAGCGACAAACCGCUAAACCAGUGUCAUCCGGUGGUCCAUUCGCAGCCUUUCGGUCAAGCGUUAGCAGCAGCAGCAGUGUGGUCCGUACCCACAACACCACUACAAACGAACACAUUGCCAUCGUCCAAGGUGGAAUGUCGGAGGAUGAGGCCUUAGCCCGUGCAAUUGCCUUAUCCAUGCAGGAAGAGGAACAGCAGCAGACUCAGUUGCGCCAAAGUCAGCAGGAACGUAAUCCCUCCAAUACCGCUCGCAGAAUUGCCGUUGGCAAUGGCAGCGGAACCGGUACCACCAAAGAUCGGUGCAAUCUAUCGUGAGAUCAUUUCCGGUUGCAGGCCAUCAUUCCAU